AUGAGAGGUCGUACAUUCCUCGUAUCGCUCAGCGUGCUGUCCAGCUGCGUAUCAGUAGAGGCCAGCCUCACCAUCUUCUUCCAGAAUGACGGCAACUGGACCACCCAUGCCGAAAAGCCCAGCGCGCUGUUCAUCAGCGAUGCCUUGACCUACCACGAUGCGCAAGCCACAUGUGCACAGUACAAUGAAACGCUGCUCAGCUGCAACCGCUACGAGGAUUUCCACUAUUCCUUCACAUACCAGCAAUAUCUCAAGAACAUCGACGCGGACCAGCUCUUCUGGUCGUCCUGCAGCCCAGACCAUCCCACCACCUGGCAAGGAGAACUCGUCAACACCUCCUCUGCUGCUCUUCCCUUCCUCUGUUCCAAUUCCGCCGAGUUUGUCAAGCAAGUGGACACCGACUACUCCGUCUUCCCGCGACACAACGCCAGUGUCAACGGCGUGACUUUUGAGGGCUUGCGCGAUCACAUGGCCUUUCGCUUCAUGGGCAUCCCCUUUGCGCAGCCCCCAGUUGGAGACCUACGCUUCAAAUACGCCCAGGAAUGGAUCCAACAACCCUAUGUCAACGCCACUCGCUACGGACCGGCAUGCAUCCAAUCCGGCUGGUACGACGGCAACACCUACGGUCUCAACCCCUGGGGCAACAGCGAAGACUGCCUGCAUCUCAACGUCUUCACCCCCUCCCUCCCAUCCUCCCACGACACCUCCUCCCGACCCGUCAUGCUCUGGAUCCACGGCGGCGGCGAAACCGAAGGCACCGGCGCCGACUCGACCUUUGACGGCGACAGCUUCGUGACCCGCAACGACGUCGUCCUCGUCACCAUCAACUACCGCCUCAACAUCUUCGGCUACCUCAGUCUCAACGACGCCACCAUCCCGGGCAACUUCGACCUGACCGACAAAAUCGAAGCCCUCAAAUGGGUCCAAAAAUACAUUCGGGCCUUCGGCGGCAACCCCAACAACGUGACCAUCUUCGGCCAAUCCGCCGGUGCCUCCUCCGUAAUCGACCUCCUCACCACCCCCCACGCCACAGGCCUCUUCACCAACGCCAUCGCCCAAUCCAUCGCCGGCCACGUCCAACCCGCCAAUACCUCCGCCGCCGCCAUCCUCCCCUCCCUCCAACCCCUCUGCAACACUACCGGCACCGCCCGUCUCCACUGCCUCCAAGCCCUCCCAGCCAGCACCCUCCUCAACCUCAGCUCCCCCAUCACCUGGGACACCGUCAUCGACCACCACUACAUCCUCGACUACCCGCUCACCCAGAUCGCCCACCGCGCCCUUAACCCCACCAACCUCCUCACCGGCUUCAUGCCCGAAGAAGCCCAAUCCAUCCUCCAAACCACCCUGUCCCCCAACACCACCAGCCUCCCUGCCGCCCUGCACACCCUCAUCACCACCAACACCAUCACCCCCUCCCAAGCCCAUGCCGUCCUCACCUCCCCUCUUUGGAAUCACUACACCACCCCCUACAACGCCUCCAUCCACGUCGUCUCCCCCGCCGCCAUGACCUGCUACGCGAAGGAAUUCGUCUCCGUGGGUGCUGCCGCGCACGCAUACAACCGUCUCUACGUGUACCUCCAUCAACGCGCCUACGGAUUGAAUUACUAUGAUUGGUACGAUCUCUGCACGUACCCCGUCGGAUCCCCAGAGACGCCAUAUUAUCGAUGUCACUCGGGGGAUUUAUACGAGGUGUUUGGCACGUAUUAUCUCUUCGGGUUGCCGGUCCGGGCGCCGGAGGAUGUAGCGUAUACGAACCUGGUGCAGGAUCUGUGGGGUGCGUUUGCGAGGACGGGAGAUCCGAAUGUGGAGAUGGGGUAUCUCAGGGCGAGAGGGUAUGAGAGUACGUUGCGGGUGAGGGAGAAGUGGAGUUGGGGGGAGUUUACGGUGGGGGAGGGGGAAGAAGAGGUGGCGAGUUUGCAGGUGCCUGUGCCCGGGAGGGCGGGGUUGCCGUAUGGGGAGGAGUGUGUGGUGUUGGGGGUGGCGGAGAGUAAUUAAUUAAUUGAUUGGUUUGGUGGUUAGAGGAUGUAGGUAUGGGGUUUAGGACCCUAUCGUGAGAUUUUAUCUGACUCGUUAGGGGUGAAGAGGGAAGAGGGUAGGUUAAGUUGCG